GGCUGAAGGCGACGCCUGCGCAGUCCGGCCACGGUGGUGGUCGUCCCGGCGCCGCAGAGCAGGCCGCAAGCGCGAUGGCUGACGAGGUGAGGCGGGGAGAAGCGUCCGGCGUGGGGCGGGCCCCGACCCCCGGGGCGCUCCGAAGCCCCCAGCGGGCCGUCUCGGCCCCAGCGCGCCACCCCGGCCUGUAGCCGCCUCAGGCCUGGCCGGAGCCCUCCGCCCGCUCGCGCACCCCAGCGCGGCCUCGCAGGGGUGCUCGAGAGAGCUCCGGGCUCCCCAUUGGGCCCAGCCGGGUGCCGGGGUCAGCGGUUCUCUCGGGUCUCGGGACAGGUGAGCACCCUGAUGAAGUCCACAGUCCUGAUGCGGAAGCCCGGGCGGGUGCAGGAGAUCGUGGGCGCCCUCCGCAGGGGCGGGGGAGACCGGUUGCAGGUAAUUUCUGAUUUUGACAUGACCUUGAGCAGGUUUGCAUAUAAUGGAAAGCGGUGUCCUUCUUCUCACAAUAUUCUGGAUAACAGCAGGAUCAUUAGUGAAGAGUGCCAGAAAGAGCUAAAGGUGCUGCUUCACCACUAUUACCCAAUUGAGAUCGACCCAAACCGGACCACCAGAGAGAAGAUACCUCAUAUGGUAGAAUGGUGGACCAAAGCUCAUAAUCUCCUGUGUCAGCAGAAAAUUCAGAAGUUUCAGAUCGCCCAGAUAGUGAGAGAGUCCAAUGCAAUGCUUAGGGAGGGAUACAAGAUGUUCUUCAACACACUCUACCAUAACAACAUUCCCCUUUUCAUCUUUUCCGCGGGCAUCGGUGAUAUCCUGGAAGAAAUUAUGCGACAGAUGAAAGUUUUCCACCCCAACGUCCAUAUUGUGUCUAACUACAUGGAUUUUGAUGAAAACGGUUUUCUACAGGGAUUCAAGGGCCAGCUCAUUCACACAUACAACAAGAACAGCUCUGUGUGUGAGAACUCCAGUUACUUCCAGCAGUGUCAGGGCAAAACCAACAUCCUCCUGCUUGGAGACUCCAUGGGAGACCUCACUAUGGCCGAUGGGGUUCCAGGUGUGCAGAACAUUCUCAAGAUUGGCUUCCUAAAUGACAAGGUGGAGGAGCGGCGGGAGCACUACGUGGACUCCUAUGACAUCGUGCUGGAGAAGGACGAGACACUGGAUGUGGUCAACGGGCUGCUGCAGGACAUCCUGCACCAGGGGGACCGGAUGGAGAUGCAGGGCUCCUGAAUGCACAGGCUGGGGCUGGCCCACGGGCCAUGAGGAGGAAGGGGCACCUCACAUGAGGCAGCUCAAGCAUUGCUCCUGCCUGUGUGUCUGGCUGUUGCUGCUGGGCCUAUGCCCCUCCUCCCUCCCUUCCCCUAGCACCUUCCACUGUGUUCACCAGACUUAGGGGAGAACCUGCCAGGUGGGAGGGCAGCAAAAGCUUUGUAAAUGAACCCUGAGCCUACAGGAUGUUAGCACUCUACUGCAGAGGCGUGUCUGUAUCUAAGGUAUGGCAGGUAUGGCAUGUGCCCUGGGUGCCACUUGAAGGGGGAGGGAAGGGGGACGUGUCGCUCCACUGUGCAGUUUCUAUUAACCUGGUAUGGCCCAGUGUCAAGCAUGGUAGACACAGGCAUAGUGAAGUGGGGGCCUAGAGGGUGGGGGGGCACUUGCCCGCAAGUCCAAGGGCGUACCAGACGAGGCUUAGAGUGAGAUUCCCAGGUACCGCAAAUAUGAAAAGGUCCCAUGGAGACAGCCAGACAAGAGGGGAUAAGGUGUUUCUGCUGAUGCAUCACCGCUGUCAGCAUCUGCUCAUCUUGAGAUUGGGAGGGAGCGCCUUGGAUGCUCGUUGGGGGCCUGCAGGGACGAAAUCUGAGUGCUUGCCAUGGGUGCUAUUUUCCGUAGAUAUGCCUCUGUGAGGGAUCAUCUAGUCCAGGAAUUUUUGUUUUUUACGAAAUUUUUAAACAUUGGAACUUAUUCUUCAGACAACUCUUAACAUGUGAAACGGAUCAAAAUAAAAAAAUUAGAAAAGAGCUGUUC